UGUCAGACGUCUGUCUGGAUGUUUAGAGUUGUUCUUAAAAGAUUUCUGGACAAAUGGAAAUCGUACAGACACAGAUUUGUGCCUUGGGUUGUACUGAACCUUUCUAGAAAUGAGAAAACUCUGCGGCAGGUGACGGAGCGCUCCAAAGACAAGCUGAUCCUAGAUGAGGAGGUUUCGCUGAGCCUACUGAAGCUCUUCAAAGUCCUGCUGAGGAGUCAUGGGGCUAAUCACGGGGAGCUCCAAGCAGCUGCGACUCACUUUCUCAGGCAGGUAACAAGUGAAGAAGAGAGUGUGGAGGAGUAUGGAGGAAAUACAUUGAGUGGACAUGAUGCCAUGUUAAAGUCUCUGGGAUUCUGCAUUGCCCGGCAGCCAAGCACUUUGCCCUUUGCCGGAACUGGAGUGUUUGUCACCAAAGGAUUUGUACCCAUAGGGACUACAGUUGCCAUGUACCCUGGCACAGUCUAUCAAGCCUAUGAGCCUAUUCUCCUCCAGUCCAUCAGAAACCCUUUUGUAUUCAGGUGCAUUGAUGGUGUUUUGAUUGAUGGAAAUGACAAAGGCAUCUCCAAAAUGGUGUUCAAGUCAUGCAGUGGCAGGGACAGAAUAGGGCCCUUCACGAUGAGUGACACCAGCUGGUUGACCGCCACUCCACAAAAUCCACUUGCUGUGGGUCAAUAUGUGAACAACUGCUCCAACGAGUGGCCUGCUAACGUGUGCUACCAGGAGUAUGAUGUGCCAGACAACUUUCCCAUUGAGCUCUACCAAUAUCUCCCUAAUGUAAACUACAGCCGGGACACCCAGAGGCCUCUGCGCUGUGUUGUCCUUGUAUCACUCAGAGACAUUACUGCAGGGGAGGAACUCUUCUCCAACUACUACACCAUUGUGCAUUAGAAUCAAAAUGCACUCCACUGGCCUUCCUUGGUGUCAGAACUGAAGAAAAUGAACAUUUCUGAAACUGAAACAUUUAAAAUGAAACAACAUUGUUAUCGUUUUUCAUAUUUAAUGGCAAAGCAACUCAUUUUCAAAAAUAUUCUCUUUGUACACUCAGCAAUACUCAUUACAGAAU